GGGGGGGGGGGGGUAUUUGUAAAAGAGGCAAGAAUGCAGUUGAAGUGAUUUUUCUUAGUAUCGCAGAAACUCCACUGUUCGGUAUCCGCCCCAUUAAGGUACAUCCGGGACACUCGGGCGACCAAAACAGACAACCUAGAGCACAGCUUUUCAGCGGCAGCGCAGGGGGAGAGAGCGCUUGUACACAGAGCAAGAGAGCGAGCGAUGGAGGCGGGAGGCAGGGUACCGUGGGUGAAAUAUGGGUCUGUCGUGUCCUUAUUUGUGGUUGUGUUGGCCCUCUGGUUCCGGUCACCCCAGAAUGCAGUGCUGGACGACCGACUGGACACAGUCCUUUCCUCCCUGCUCCGGGCUGAGCAGAAAGUGGGGAUGAAUAACGUCGCCAGACCCAGAGUAGCGAUUGGUUUUGGAGGUUGUGUUGACCUGAUAGUAGACAGUGUGUCACUGCUUAAUAAAACAGGCAUCCAGCCCACAGACCAGCCCCUGCAUCAUGACUACCUAGAAAAUGUGGAGCAGCUGGCUCAGAGCUUUGCAUAUUUCUUUGCACCAGGAGCAGCUGCAGAGCGUUUUAUGCUAAAUGAAACCCUCUUUAGCGAGCUGGUCGAGGGGGCCCGCGACUUACCUGGAAACAGAUGGUCAGUAGGCGGCAAUGCUCCAGUAAUGGCUAGUCGCAUGGCAACCGAGGGAUGUGAUGUGUUGCUAGGGGGAACUUUCAGCACCGAUUUUACUGAUGUCCUGUCGCAGCACAUUACAGUGGCAGGUAAAGUGAUAGAUGAGCCAGACAUUCAUCUGAUUCUGGAGUAUCCAACUGGUGCCCGCUGGGGGCGCUAUACCUCACGUAGAGCCAAUAGAUACAUCAUUCACAGCGAUGCCAAUAACCCCUACCUGUCCUCUAUGGAGGAGUUUGCUCAGAAACUUAUAGACUUCAAACCUGACCUACUGGUGGUGGGAGGGCUCCAAAUGAUGGACAACUUCCCUUUCCGGUCAGGUGAGAGAGAAGCCCUCCUCUCCCGUCUGGGACACCUGCUUUCCUCCUCAUCCCCUCAAAUUGGAAUUCAUUUUGAAAUGGCAAGUUUUGUGGAAGAGAGCAUCAUGGAAGACCUGCUCCACUACGUCAUUCCCCAUGCGGACUCUUUGGGGAUGAAUGAGCAGGAACUUCCAAACCUGCUUAGCUCGCUCAAAGGCUCCAACAUCACCGUAUUGUCAGACCCAAACCCUCGUGUAGCUACUGUUCUUGACCAGAUGAGGGAGGUCUAUCGCAUUUUGAACCAGCGCCACAAGGAAGCCAGUGCAGAAAGUCGGGCAAAUGGUGCCCGAGCUACAGUCAAACCACUGACCCGACUCCAUGUCCACACGCUGGCUUUUCAAGCCAUGAUUGUGACUCGUGGCUCCAAGUGGAAGAACACCAUGUCAGCCACUGCCAAGGCUUCGCUCACAGCUAACCGCCACGUCUGUGGCUCUAAUGACAUUGAUCCCAGCAAGGCGAGGCUCAUAAUGGACGACUCUUUCUCCGUUAGCCGACAGGAGGGAAGCCAGCGUAUCCCUUUACAGGAGACCAGGCCUGUCAGCUGUUGGAGUGAAGAGGACUAUGAGAUCUGUGUAGCACCAGUGCUGGUGUGCACUGAGGUUUAUCAGACUGCAGGUGGAGGGGACAACGUCUCAGCCGCUGGCCUGGUUCUGCAAAUCUAGAGAAGGACAGACACCAAGUGGUCUGUCUGUGUGUAUGUUUGUGUGUGUGUGUCGUGCUGAUCAGAUGUUAGUGAACCGCGUGAUUCUGGAAACUUGAUCUAGGUGUGAUGCACACUAGCCUUCAGAAACUGACGCAGGUAUCAGGCUGAUGAGUCGUCCUUUGUGUCUCACAGCCUGAGGUGCACAUUAAGGAAAAUUGUUAUCCUUCAUAGUCGGAGUCAGAUGAUGGAGAACAGUGGUUAUCUUUCAGGUUAGGCCUUCAAAUGUUUGAUUUUUGAAAACGAUACAAAGAAAAGGCAAUCAAAAAUUAUACCUAAGUAAUUAAGUGAAAUAUCUGCUAACUAGACUUAUUGUAGUUUAUCAGUUAGGUUAAACCAUCACUGAUUUAAUCUCUCCUUGUCUUUUUCUGCGUGUGAAACCCAUGCACAUCACCUCAAUUGGAUUUCUUUUUUUCUUCUUUUUUUUCUUCUUUUUUUUUUUAAACAAAAUCAGUCCUGCUGUUUCUUACUUGGAUUUCCAUGUCAACUCAUCCAUCAUCUGACUCCGUUGAUUUUAAAUCAGCUGCCCUCUAUUUAUCCAAUGCCUUACAAGAAGAUGUUCAGUCAAUAUGAGAUAAAGAGGAACGAGGUAUGGAUAAAGUCAGAUGCCAAACUGUAGGUUGUGGAGGGUUUUAAGUUUCUUUUUAAAUAGUACAGCAUUUUUAGUAGCCUUUUUAAUUGUUUUGCACAACUUCUGCUGAAGGAUAAAAUCCUCCUUAAGUCAUGUAAAUGCAGGGCUUCACUAUGCAGAAAACGGAUUCAGAAGAAUCAGAAGUAGGUGGAUCUUGUCAACCACUUGAACUCUACAACUCAGACCAGUGAACAAGCUUUAGACUUCACCUGCCUUUGUGCAACACACAUUUUCAGAUGAACUUGAACCUACCUAUGACUGAAAAUAUCUGAAGCAUUUUAAUGAAAAAUUACGAAGUUUUUUGAAACUAGGACCAAAUCUGCGGUCCUUUGGUGUAGUAGGGAUAACAUAUAUAUAUUGACCGCUAAAUAGCUGUAAAGUAAUCCCAGGUGCAGGUUUAAAGACACCAAAAUGUUCUUUUAAUGACAGGCUAUCCUUCCUCUUCCCCCUACUAUUGCAUUAAAAAGGCAAAGAAAGGCCCUGUUCCUCCCUGUGUAUGUGAAAAGUGUGCUUAGUGGUUUGGGUGUGUUUGUGUGUGGAUUGUCAUUCCUCUGUGGUUUCGUUGCAGUGCAAUAAUGCAAAAUCAAUGUUAAGAGACCACUUUUGGUAGCUGCACAUGAUGUCAAACAUCUUCCUCUCUACCUCCAUGCUCUGAUUUUCCUUUCCUUUUUCCAUCUCCUGUCGCUCUUCUGUUAGUUUGUCAUACCUGUUUUACAUCCUCUUUCUAAGUAUUUUUUGUUCUUCUGUUUUUUAUGGCUCUUUAAAGACCAAAUAACCAGUGUGGACUAUCCUAGCCAAUGUUGUUGCAACAGUGAAGUUCCCGACAUGUGUGUCACGUGAUAUGACUGAAUAUAGUGGAACACUUGUUAUUUAAAGGGGCAUUAACAAUCUACUUGAAUCCAUGCUGUUGCGCAUCAUGAAUACCCCCAAUGUCUGGAAUACUGGACCACUCAAAUCAUAUUUUCUUCAUGUAGUCUUUGUGUCAGGUAUUGGAUUUAGAGUCAAGAUAUUAAUUCCUGUUACUUUAAACCCCCACUGAGAUGAUCUUUUGGUGAAAGGGGGACCCAGCCUCUCCACAAUCAUCUAAUUACCUUCUGGGAUUGGACUCAAACCUGUAUUUACUGAUGCAGCUGGAGUUAACUGGGAUCAUAGCCAGCUAUUUUUCUCUCUCUCACUCACACACACACACAUAUUCCUUCCACAGAUCCACCUUCACUUUCACAGGUAAACUUCAACAUGCAAGUGGACUUUUUGUCAUUCUUGAUUAAUCUAUUUGUUCGUUUAUCAAUUUUACCAAACAUGCUUUUUUUUUUUUUUAAGAGGAACACAUUUAUUUUGUUACAGAGUGUGAAAAAGGGAAAUGUAGAGAACAGGAUAUCCCUUUAAAUCUUUUCUCUGUAUCACGGCUGUACUGAUUUAAUGGUGUUUUGUUAUUGAUUGAUUGACCAAAAGAUAAUGAGCCUUAUUCUGUUUUUACAUUUGGGGUUUAGCGAAAAGGGAACCUUUAAUACAGACUUUUUCUAUCACUAUAGGCUGAUCUUUCCUUAUGUCUUAAAGAGUAACGGGUUGUGUUUUUACUGUGAAUGGAAACCAUAGCAUGUGUUCAUGCUCACAUAGUGAAGUGGUUGUUUUCACCACCGCAUUGCUUAUCUAACCUCUAGAUAAGUCGUGUCAUCCAUGUUUCAAUGUUGUGUUUAACUAUUUCAUGCAUGUUUGACUAUUUGAUGCAGAAUCGCCUGAUAAAAUGCUGAUUAAGCAAUCAUUGA